AUGACGAGUGAAGCAAAGCAGCAAAGCAAAGUCCGGACCAACACGGUGGUCAGUAAGACUGUGUGUCCAACACCAGUCGGUCCUGGUGUGAAGCAUCAAAGAAAUAGACCUAUGAAUAUCAACCACUACGCAAAUAAGAAGAGCGCGGCGGAGAGCAUGUUGGACAUUGCCCUGCUGAUGGCCAAUGCAUCCCAGCUGAAAGCCGUGGUGGAGCAAGGACCUUCUUUUUCCUUCUACAUCCCACUUAUCGUUCUUAUCAGCCUGUCGCUCGCACUGCAAGUUAUGGUGGGAGUACUCCUGAUAUUCCUUGUAAAAUAUGACCUUAACAACCCUGCAAAGCAUGGAAAGCUGGAUUUCCUCAACAACCUUGCAACUGGACUAGUAUUCAUUAUAGUAGUUGUGAAUAUUUUUAUCACUGCCUUUGGAGUGCAGAAGCCAGUUGCUGAGUCAGCAUCACGACACUAA